CUUCCAUUUGAAGAGGAGCAGAGGAAUCAGGAAGCUCAGUGAGUUGCCCGGCAGAUUAGUGACCCUUUUUAUUUAAGACAGUGGGGGAUCACCGUGCUUCAAAAGGAUGUCCAAACGGCAUCGUCUCGACCUGGGUGAUGACUAUUCCAGUAAGAAGCGGUCGGACGGGCGUGACAGAGACAGGGACCGGGACAGAGAUCGAGAGGAUCGCUCGAGGGACAGGGACAGAGAUCGAGACAGGGACAGAGACCGGGACCGGGACAGAGAUUCCAAGCCGUCCAGUGCACUGACAAACAGCAUGAUUGGUGGACUGGCCAUGCCUCCCAUCAAGCAAAUGGGCAUGCAGCAGCAGAUUAACCCUUUCACCAAUCUGCCACACACACCGCGGUAUUAUGAGAUACUUAAAAAAAGGUUACAGCUACCAGUCUGGGAGUACAAGGAAAGCUUCAGUGACAUCAUCACACGCCAUCAGAGCUUUGUCCUGGUCGGAGAGACUGGCUCCGGAAAGACCACACAGAUCCCCCAGUGGUGUGUCGAUAUGGUUCGUGGAAUACCUGGUCCUAAGAGAGCUGUGGCUUGUACUCAGCCCAGGAGAGUGGCUGCAAUGAGUGUUGCUCAAAGAGUGGCUGAUGAAAUGGAUGUGAUGCUCGGACAGGAAGUGGGUUACUCCAUUCGAUUUGAAGACUGCAGCUCAGCCAAAACUAUAUUGAAGUACAUGACUGACGGUAUGCUGCUUAGAGAGGCAAUGAACGACCCUCUGCUGGAGCGGUAUGGGGUCAUCAUUUUGGAUGAGGCUCACGAAAGGACACUGGCGACAGAUAUUUUGAUGGGAGUGCUGAAGGAAGUGGUGCGGCAGAGAACCGAUCUUAAGGUCAUCGUGAUGAGCGCCACCCUUGAUGCCGGCAAGUUCCAGGUUUACUUUGACAGCUGCCCCCUGCUGACCAUCCCUGGUCGCACACAUCCUGUGGAGAUCUUCUACACCCCUGAGCCAGAGCGAGACUACCUAGAGGCCGCCAUCCGCACAGUCAUCCAGAUUCACAUGUGUGAAGAAGAUGAAGGUGACUGCCUCCUCUUCCUCACUGGUCAAGAGGAAAUCGACGAGGCUUGCAAGCGGAUCAAACGUGAGGUCGACGACCUUGGACCUGAAGUUGGCGACAUCAAAAUCAUUCCACUGUAUUCCACAUUGCCUCCACAACAACAGCAGCGCAUCUUUGAGCCGCCUCCGCCAAGGAAGCCGAACGGUGCUAUUGGAAGAAAGGUGGUUGUGUCGACAAACAUUGCGGAGACAUCACUGACGAUUGAUGGCGUGGUGUUUGUGAUUGACCCUGGUUUCGCCAAACAGAAGGUGUACAAUCCCCGUAUCAGAGUGGAGUCUUUGUUGGUCACAGCCAUCAGUAAAGCGUCCGCCCAGCAGAGGGCCGGACGUGCUGGACGAACACGUCCAGGCAAAUGCUUCCGCCUCUACACAGAAAAGGCCUAUAAGACUGAGAUGCAGGAUAACACCUACCCUGAGAUUCUGCGCUCCAACUUGGGCUCCGUUGUGCUGCAGCUGAAGAAGCUUGGUAUUGAUGAUCUGGUGCAUUUUGACUUCAUGGAUCCACCAGCACCUGAGACCCUGAUGCGAGCCCUUGAACUGCUGAAUUAUUUAGCCGCUCUGAACGAUGAUGGUGACUUGACUGAACUGGGCUCCAUGAUGGCGGAGUUUCCUUUGGACCCCCAGCUGGCCAAGAUGGUCAUUGCGAGCUGCGAGUUCAACUGCUCGAAUGAGAUCCUGUCCAUUACUGCCAUGUUGUCAGUCCCACAGUGCUUUGUUCGCCCCACGGAGGCUAAGAAGGCGGCAGACGAGUCCAAGAUGAGGUUUGCUCACAUAGACGGAGACCACCUGACUCUGCUCAACGUCUACCAUGCUUUCAAGCAAAACCACGAGGCCAACCAGUGGUGCUAUGACAACUUUGUCAACUAUCGUUCACUGAUGUCAGCCGACAACGUCCGGCAGCAGCUGUCCAGGAUCAUGGACCGCUUCAACCUGCCCCGCCGGAGCACUGAGUUCACCAGCAGGGAUUACUACAUCAACAUCCGCCGGGCGCUUUGCACCGGUUUCUUCAUGCAGGUGGCUCAUUUGGAACGCACCGGUCAUUACCUCACAGUCAAAGACAACCAGGUGGUUCAGCUUCACCCGUCCACCGUCCUGGACCACAAGCCCGAGUGGGUUCUCUACAACGAAUUUGUCCUCACGACCAAGAACUACAUCCGCACUUGUACAGACAUCAAACCUGAAUGGUUGGUAAAAAUCGCUCCUCAGUACUAUGAAAUGAGUAAUUUCCCUCAGUGUGAAGCGAAGAGACAGCUGGAGCGAAUUAUUGCCAAACUAGAGAGUAAGGAGUACUCGCAGUACUGAAGAUGGCCAACAAGUGUCCUGGGAAAACGACAGUGUACCGUAGAUAUAGCUCUUUCUGUAUCCUCAUGUUUGAAGAUUGGCAUUUGGAGUUUUUCAUUUUUGUUUUGCGUCGUUCCUCCACUCCCUUACCCCUCCAUCUCCACCCCCAAAACUCAUGAAAUAAGUGUAUUGCUGGAGAUAUAUUCAACAUUAGAUCUGGCUUUAAUUUUGUUGAUACGGACCCAUGUCAUUUAGAUGUGAGUGGCUCACCCUCAGAGGACUGCUGAGUCAUGAAAAUAACUGUGCUUGCUUUGUUUCUUUAAUAAAGAAGCUUUGACUAAA